CCUUAGAAUGGAGACACAUUUGUUAGCCAAUUUGCUGUGACUAGUUGCGGAUUUUUCUCACUUGUGUCGCUUUUGUGUGGCUGCUUUUCGAGGCAUACAUGAUAAAGUCCAGUGCAGCAGGUCCAUCCACUUCCUCCCCACAAUCAAUGAAGGACUCCAAGGAGACCAGCCAGACUAUUCUGGACCACAUCAAGCCAUGCUGGUACUGGGAUAAGAAGGAUCUAGCCCAUACCCCCUCGCAGUCGGAGGGCCUGGACCCUGGCACAGAGGCUCGGUAUCGGAGGGAGGGAGCCCGCUUCAUAUUCGACGUGGGAACCCGUCUGGGCUUACAUUAUGACACGCUUGCAACCGGCAUCAUCUACUUUCAUCGCUUCUACAUGUUCCACUCCUUCAAGCAGUUCCCAAGAUACGUGACAGGGGCUUGUUGCCUGUUCUUGGCUGGAAAAGUGGAGGAAACUCCAAAGAAGUGUAAAGAUAUCAUCAAAACAGCUCGGAGCUUACUGAAUGAUGUGCAGUUUGCUCAGUUCGGCGAUGAUCCAAAGGAGGAGGUGAUGGUGCUGGAGAGGAUUUUGCUCCAGACCAUUAAAUUUGACCUGCAGGUGGAGCACCCCUACAUGUUCCUGCUGCGCUACGUCAAGCAGCUCAAAGGGGAGAAGAAUAAAGUGUGCAAGGUGUUGCAAAUGGCUUGGACGUUCGUCAACGACAGUCUGUGCACCAUGCUGUCUCUGCAGUGGGAGCCAGAGAUCAUUGCGGUGGCUGUGAUGUACCUGGCAGGCCGUCUGUGUAAAUUUGACAUCCAGGAGUGGACGGCGAAGCAGUCGUCACGCCGCUGGUGGGAGCAGUUCGUCCAGGACGUCCCAGUUGAGCUGCUAGAAGACAUUUGCCACCAGAUCCUGGACCUGUACUCCCAGGGAAACAAGCCCAUUCCUCAGCAGAUACAGGAGAAGGAGCGGACGCCGGCUGCUCCCAUCUCUGCUCCUCCAACACCACAGGGACAGCCCCCAGCCACCAACCCACCUCCCCCACCGCCAAAAAAGACAUCUCCACAAGGUGGCAGCCCUGUGCGCCCGCUCAAACGCUCACACACGUCUCCUAAAGAAGAACCAAAGCCUCCAGAACAAGUGGGGUCAAAGAUUCCAAGACUGGAGAGCCCCAUGCCCCCGCUGCCUGCAGCUCAGCCCCCCCCAGCCCCUCCCACAGAAGCCGAACCAGGAAGUGAAGCUGCACCUCCACCUCCACAUGCCCCACCUCCACAUCAGCCCCCACCCCUUCCCCAUCGGCCCCCUCCGCCCCCCUCCAGCUACAUCAUGUCCACCACCAGCUCCUACAUGUCUGGAGAGGGCUUCCAGAGCCUGCAGUCCAUGAUGAAGACGGAGGGGCCAUCCUACGCCCCCAUGCCACCCAGCUACGCACCCCCAUUACCCCCAUAUCAUCCACACGUUUACCCCCCAGCAGCAGCACCACCUCCAGGCCCCCCGCCUCCUCCCUCCACCUACCCACCGCCCACCUUACCCCCAACAUAUCCACCGCCAGGCUAUAACAGCUACCCCCCCCCGCCCCCUCCACGUAUGCCACCAGGACACGUUCCUCCUCCAGGGAUCGGGCUUCCACCCGCUGGGUAUCCUCCUCCACCUCCCCCAGGACAGUCACAAGUGCCGCUACCCCCACCACCUGGAAUGCCUCUGAAUCGUGGGGGGUGGAUGAGAUGA